GCGGGCACUACGUGCUUGUGGCCUGUUGUUAGUAGUAAGCACGUUAAAUAGUUUAUUCGUUUCAGUUUAACGUUUGUCGGUGUCCUUUUAAAUAUCAUGCCUUUCUACGAGUUAUCGUUGACCUUACGGACACUUUCCAGGCCAGAGUUGAUUGCUUCACUGCGACGUUCUGCUGAAACGAUAUUGCAGCAAGGCGGAGUUCUUCGACAAUUCGUUUCCUUAGGAACUAACCCCCUGCCCUUUAAAAUGAAAGCACACAAUAUAUGGCAUAGAGAAGGAACAUAUUUUGUCAUGAAAUUUGAUGCUCCAAGUUCUGCCAUUGAAAACCUCAAUGAUGAGUUCAAGAGAGACAUUGAUCUCAUAAGAUCACAUGUAGUGAGAUGUGAGGAACCAGUCCAGCAUGAAUGCACCUUGGAAGAAGAGAUGAAACCACCAGCUUACCGUAAAGAUGUUCAGCAACUCAUAGAAGAAGGCCAAAAAGUUGUCAGACACAAGUUUAAACAGAACACACCUGGAUUUGAUUUUUAUCCAUUUCAAAAAUAGUCUGUUCAGAGUCAUAUGUAGCACCAUCAACUACCGUCAUGAAAUAAAUGAGAAAAAUUAGUUACUUCUAA